UGUAUAUAGUUGUGAAUAAAAAGAACAACAAGAUGAUGUGUAAUGAUGAUGCGUAAUGGUCAAUCAUUGCAACAUUUUUUCUCUCGACUGCAUGGAAUUCUUAUAUAAAUGAGAGAAAAAACUAAAGAAUCGAGUAUAUGGAGCAAAAAAGACGUAAUAAUAAUGUGGUCGACUUGGGUAAAGGGUAUAACGUUAUUACUCUUGAUCUCUGCUGUCUUGGCUCAAACGGAACAAGAAGGAUGCACUUGCGCUCGACUUGGACCAGGUAGUAAUCCAUGCACCUGUAACAAUGUCAUUGUCGAAGCUACCGAAGUGACCAAGCCUAUACUGUAUGCGUCUCCAGAAGAAAUAAACGAAGCUGUGAUCGUUCGCGAAGAUGAAAGACCUGCAUGUUCCGAAACGCAAACUAAUACAUUGAGUAUCUUGGAAAAUAGUAUAAAUGAUGAUACGAUAAGUUCGAGCGAUAAUAGUUUUAGCUUGGACCUUUCCAAAAAACAUCUUUCCUCCGAGUUAAGAACGGAUAUCGCUCAGACAGAACCAACGUCUCCGAAUUCAAACGUUCAAAUAGUACCUAAGUAG